AUGCGCCCGCCGCAGCCCCCAAAAACCAAGAAUAGAAAGCCAGGCAAAAUUUAUCUUCUUCUCCAUUUCGGCCCGAGCGACGCCGGGGGCGCGGGUAUUAAAAAGAACCGGCCCCCUUGCGCGUGUAACCCUCGGGCCGCGACUCUCCGGCGGCCCGGAAAUCCCGGAAAAAAAAAAGAAAGGCGCCGCCCCCGCCGUAGGUUGCGGGCAUGCGAAAGCGUUGCGGAGCUGCCGCCGCAGCGCCGAAACACCAUGGAAGCCCGUAGAUUUUUUUUUUUCUCUAUUCACUUCGGCCCGAGCUUCGCCGGGGGCGCGGACAUUAAAAAGCGUGGGCCGGCCCCUUAUGCGUGUAACACUUUGGCCGUGACACUCCCGAGGCGCGAAAACCUCGAAAGCCUAAACUCCUGCAAACCUCUAUUGAGUGACCAUGAAUCUAGUGCGAGGGACUGUCUGUUUCUAGCCCGAAAACAAGUGGUCGGAAACGCAGCCCAUUUGUGUCUUUGUCUGGCGCUGGAGAUAGGAAUGUUGAUUGGUGUAAGUUUACGCCAGUUUGCUCCUACUUUUUUUUGGCACAUAAAAAACGCCAUUUGGUUAUUACUCAAGUCGCAUUCGUAA